CUCACUUUGAUCCUCACCUCAGCAGAUUAUAACAAAAUAAGUUAUCCUGUCAAGAUGAGACUUGUGUUUCUUGUUCUAUGUUCAGGACUUCUGCAAUUUACAUAUGCGACAAAUCGCCUACACUCCUUUGAAUAUAUUGAAGAACGAACACAAUUUAAUUUCAGUCUGUGUGAAAAUAAAUCACUAUUCACCAUCUAUGAUGAGGAGGACGCAAGAUUUGUGCAAAUGUUGGUGGAACAAAAAGGUCCUGUAACUGUCUGGCUUGGCCUCACACGAACUGACAAACGGAUCAAUCUUGACGAUGUCCCUCAUUUACAAAAAAACUUGAGUGAAGGAGAGCAAAUAUGCUUUGCUUAUGAAAAUGGGACCGUUUCGGCCUUCGAAUGUUCGCAGAAAAAACAUUUCAUGUGCCAAAAUGGUGGAAAUUUUGAGCUUAUCGAAAAGGAAAAAAAUUGGUGCCAGGCAAAACUUUACUGCAAAAAAAAAUUUCAGGACUUGGUGAACAGUACAGCUAUUCUUGAGAAGAACAUAACAACUCAACAUGGAGCGUUUUGGACUGAUCGUAAGCUGGACCAAUGGGAAUGGAGGGACAAAAGCUGUUCGACAUUUCGAGACUGGGCGGAAACCCCAUCUGAUUACUUUACAUUCUUUAGCGACUACAAACUCAAAAGUGCUGCAUCCGAUAUUGAAUAUCCAACAAUUUGCUCCACAGGCACAGCACGAAUCGUAUUCAUUAACACUCCUCGGACCUGGGAAGAGGCUCUGCAGUACUGUGAGGACAAUCACUCAAGUCUCCUUGAAAUUAGGGAUGAGGCUGAUCAAGAAGCUGUUAUGAAUUGGCUAAAAAUCAUUAAUCCUGCAACAUCAGUCUGGAUUGGCAUGAGACAGAGUUCUGUGUUUGGGUUCUGGAUCUGGAGGGACGGCAUAGUGAACUGGAGGGGCCACUGGAAAGAUGACACGCAGCCCAUGCCUCCCAUGUCUUUUCAGUGUGGCGUCAUUAAUCAAAACUUCACAUGGAGUGAUGAAAACUGUUUGUACGAGCGGCCCUUUCUUUGUGAGGAGGACAUUUUCUUCUUUAAUUAGUUACAAGCUCUUUUGACCAGAAUUUGCAAGCCUUUUUACAAGGUUGAUGAAGGAAAUACAAACUAGAAAUUUAUAAAAAUCAUCAUCCUAUUUUACUCAUUUU